UAAAUUGUUUUUGUUGAUAAAUUUUCAAAUUGUUUUUAUACAAUGUGUUAUACCUGGUUUGAGCGUGCGCAAAAUUGACAAAAAAAUAAUCGACCAAAAGCGUCAAGACAAUGUUGAGCUUUGCAAAAUGUUUAACGAAGAACAUGCAAGGUUGAGAAAUGUUGAAGAGCCACCAGCACACGAUCACUUAUCAUUGUCAUUCAUGUAUGAAAACAAGUUUAGAUACAGAAGACAUGCCACUCAAGAAGAUUUACCUGGUGAUGAUAAUGAUGGUAAAACAAGACCAAAGAGACAUUUGCAAGAUAGGGAUGAUAGAGAAGAAGUCAAUAGGAACGCUCGACGAGGGAAAAGAGAAGUGUCGCUAAAAUCACCUGAGUACAAUUUCGAUGUAAAAGGUGACGCAGCGACCACGUCAAGAUUAAAUUUAGCAGACCAAGCAAGAAUCGAGAAUUUGGUAGAGAAACUGUACGAUGACAUGAGCGAGACUAAGGGAAAAAACAUAAAAUACAGAAAGAAGACAUUAAAGACUACUACGAGGGAUGCUCCGCCUCAAGGUGGCAGAAAGAAGAUGUUCUAUUUCGCUCCACACUUAUUAGAAGGCAAAAAGAAGGAGACAGAGGAAGGCUGGGCUCCGCCUGCGGGACCCCGAAUUGACUGGCCCAAGUAUUGGCACCAUGGGGUCAUACCUUACUUUAUUGAUCCUAAGACUUAUGAUGGCCAUCUGGCAGCAAGAAUAACGAACGCUUUUGACUACUUCGAAAAGGCAACUUGCAUUCGCCUUCAACGGCUCAGAGAGAAACCGACUGACGCACAAUCGAUGAAAAACAUUGAAUGGAUCUAUAUCACCAAUCCUUCAGGCAUACGGCAAUGUGUUCACAGCAACGAGCGAAAACCUAAUGUAGGAGUACAGGUAGUCGUGUUUGGAUACGACUGCAUGUCUCUCGGAGAAAUAACGCACGAGGUAAUGCAUACUCUGGGCUUCUCACAUGAACACACACGUCCUGAUCGCGAUCGCUACGUGACAAUCCUUUGGGAUAAUAUCAAGCCUGGAUACCGAAAAUAUUUCGAACCUCGUAAAGAUGAUCCUCUAUACAAUCUUCCGUACGAUUACGCCAGUGUCCUCCAUUAUCCACCUCGGGCUUUCUCAAGAAAUGGACAGGUUACAAUUCUUUCUGAUGGUGGUAUCAAAAUUGGCCAACGCGAAGGUAUCAGCGAGACAGAUGUGGAGAAAGUAAGCAUGAUAUUCGGCAACGAUUGUAUGAUGCGGAACAAGGAGUACCUACUGACGACCUGUCCAAGUGUGAUUAAGAAUAAAGAUACCCCAACCGAGCACCCUACCAAAGAGGACAUUCAAAAUUAUUUCAAAGACAAACUGUGGCCAUACGGAGUUAUAAACUUUAAAUUUAAAGAUAUGAUGGAAUUCUCUACAGACGAAAGGGAAAAUAUCAACGCUGUCAUGCAACAUAUAGGAAUGGAAACGUGCAUUCGAUUCAAAGAUCUGAGUGAAGACGAUGAUGCGGAACAAAAUCAAGAAUACGAUGAUACAGAACUUGGACCGGUGUACGCAGAAGAUAAUAAUAACACAGAUGUCUUCUCACAUACUACAAAAAUAAAUGUCGAAGAUGAAGAAAAUUUGACCACUGCUCAAGAUCAAAAAGUCGAUGACACCGUAACUGACCAGCAACUUAGACAAGGUACUAGCGAUACUAAAAAUAGUCACAGAACUCAAGGUAGUAGUACUACUGAAGGACGUAGCUCUACUAGAGGCAAUAGUACUGCACAAACUCAGGGCCACAAACGCAAAAUGACUAGCAUGGUACAAAGUGCAACCACUCCAACUGAACCGCCUAAAGUCACCAAACACGUACCGAAACAAAAUUCCAGUAACAUCAACAGAGAACUAAAAAAACCUACCUCAAAAUCAAAACACAAAAAACUAACGAAACUUAAACAUAAUGAUAAACAGAAAAUUGACUUAACAAGUAAAGAUAUUAAACGCAUAGAUAAAAAAGCGGCAGCGCAAAAAUCUGCCAGAAGCAAGCGUGCAAUUUUCAAUUCUAAGACCCGCAGGAGUAGUAGUCGUCGAUCCAUCGAACACUCUUUGAUCCUAACGAGGACGGCUCGACCUGGUUGCCAAUGCCCACCAGCUGGUAAACAACCCGGCGAAACUAUUAUGGAGAUUUCAUCCGAUUGCUUCAACUCAGUUAACGACCUACUGCAUGCUUUUGUACACGUUCUGGGUCUUGAGCACCAGCACAACAUGCACGAUCGAGACAGUUUCCUUCACAUUGUUUGGAACAAUCUCACAGAAGACAUUAAAGAAGACCUGCAGAGAAAGCAACCGCCAGCAGCGUCUGCUGGGUUCCCAUAUGAUUAUCAAAGUGUGAUGCACUUCCCGUGGCUUCAAAUUAAAAAUGGCGUUACGAACCUCAUGUAUCCUAUUUGGAAUGAUGGUUGGGCAAUGGGCCACUGGCAAGGGCUAAGUGCGACAGAUGUCCAAAAGCUGAAUUUGAUCUAUUUCGACGAAUGUCUAAAACGCAAGAAAGAAGAAGCCUGAUUUUAAAUAAAUUUCGUUUU